GUCAACAAAUUUUCAAAAUUGUUAACACUCAUACCCACCAAAGGUUUCACCUUUUUUAACUUACACAACCACCAACUGUUUGAUAAAAAGCCUCAACCAAUAUUUCAUUUAUUUUUUUCCAAAGUAAAAAUGGCAAGUGCCUUUUUGGGUUCAUCAACUUUAAUCCAAUCACAGGCUAACGGGUUUUCCAAUCUGGCUUUUGCUCAGCCUAAUUUCCUCACUUGCCCAAGGAGAGCUAUUAAAAUCGUUGCGAAGGCUGGUUCUCGGGUCGAUAGGUUCUCAAAGAGUGAUGUAAUAGUUUCUCCAUCGAUUCUCUCUGCAAAUUUCUCUAAGUUGGGAGAGCAGGUGAAGGCCGUUGAAUUGGCAGGUUGUGAUUGGAUUCAUGUUGAUGUAAUGGAUGGUCGAUUUGUACCAAAUAUUACAAUUGGACCCCUCGUGGUGGAUGCUUUGCGCCCAGUCACGGACCUCCCGUUGGAUGUGCAUUUGAUGAUUGUGGAACCUGAACAACGAGUGCCUGACUUUAUAAAAGCUGGAGCUGACAUAGUUAGUGUCCAUUGUGAGCAAUCUUCCACCAUCCAUUUACACCGAACUCUUAAUCAAAUCAAGAGUCUUGGAGCAAAAGCUGGAGUCGUCUUAAAUCCUGGGACACCAUUAACAACAAUAGAAUAUGUCCUCGAUGUGGUUGAUCUGGUUUUGAUUAUGUCCGUAAAUCCUGGAUUUGGUGGGCAAAGCUUUAUUGAAAGCCAAGUUAAGAAGAUAUCCGACUUACGGAAAAUGUGUGUCGAAAAGGGCGUGAACCCAUGGAUUGAGGUAGAUGGUGGCGUUACGCCCGUCAAUGCAUAUAAGGUUAUUGAGGCUGGGGCUAAUGCGUUGGUUGCCGGUUCUGCGGUCUUUGGAGCAAAAGAUUAUGCUGAAGCGAUAAAAGGUAUUAAAGCAAGCACUAGACCGGUGGCAGCUCAUUCAUAAAAAUUUUCAACGUAGGUUGGAUUUAUUCAAGUAGGAUGUGUUUCCAACACCAGAUACAAUGCAACAUGCAGGAUUUCCAUUGCAAAUACAAGAUUCUCCACAUGUGACAUAUACCGCAUACAAAGGGCAUGAAUGGAGUCCAUUAAAAAGCGAUACAAGGUGUUUAUGUUACAUAUGUUGCAUAAACAAGUGUAAAAAGUUUAUUUUAUUUUUGUACUUUUGUGUAGAUCCCUUGUUUGACAAACAUGGCUGUUAUACCAAGAAUUCUAAAAGUUAUAGUUGAAUCCCAAAAUAUUUUGAGCA